CUUGACACCGAGGAGUAACUGUUGCCCACUUUUAACAACUCCUGGACGUUUUCACCACUAUACACCACAACAGCCGAAAUGUUGUUCAGUCCGACGGGCGUGUCGGAGUGUUUUCGCGAGUGGGGAGAUUUAGAGAAGGACUACCAACAAAUUCAGGACACACAUCGUAUGUACAGAGUGAAGCUUGAGGAAGUCACCAAGUUGCAAAACAGCUGCACUUCCGCCAUCUCGCGUCACCGAAAGAAGCUGAAAGAGCUCUGGGCAUCACUGCAACAAUGCAAAGCCAAGCACCCGGAGCAAAAGCUAAGUCCAGAGGAAGCGGACUCCAUCGCCGACAUCGAGGUGGCAAUCGCUGAGCGAGCGGUUGCUUUUUCCGAGAUGGAAGCCUUUCUACCAAAGAAGAACGGGUUAUACCUCACUCUUGUUUUAGGGAACGUCAACGUCACGCUCCUCAAUAAGCAGUCAAAAUUCGCUUACAAGGACGAAUACGAGAAAUUUAAGCUGGUCCUCACUGUCAUCCUCUUCCUCUUCUCCUUCACUUGUCGCUUUUUAUUCAGCUACAGAGCCUUAGACGCCGUUUUCAACUUCCUCCUAGUGUGGUACUACUGCACGCUCACCAUCCGUGAGAGCAUCCUCAUCAACAACGGCUCAAGGAUCCGAGGAUGGUGGGUGUUCCAUCAUUACGUAUCAACCUUCCUGUCUGGAGUCAUGCUCACGUGGCCUGAGGGAACUCUGUAUCAAAUGUUUAGAAACCAGUUCCUCUCAUACUGCUUGUACCAAAGUUUUGUCCAGUUUUUGCAGUAUUACUACCAGAGCGGCUGCUUGUACAGACUGCGAGCCCUCGGAGAAGGACACAACAUGGACCUCACUGUUGAGGGUUUCCAGUCGUGGAUGUGGAGGGGGCUUACUUUCCUGCUGCCGUUCUUGUUCUUUGGUCAUUUCUGGCAGCUGUACAACAGCGUCACACUUUUCAAGAUGUUUCAGCUUCCAGAGUGCAAAGAGUGGCAGGUGGCAAUGUGCGGCUGCUCCUACAUAACUCUCUUCCUGGGCAACUUCUUCACCACGUUGGGGGUGGUGUACCACAAGUACAUGAUGAACCAAGACAAGCCCAAGUCCUUGUAGGACUUCAAUGUUUGUACCCCUUUUCCCGACCUCCAUUUGAUCAUUUCCCUUAUCCGCUCCCCUUGUGUUGUCACUCGAGUGACACUCAUUGGUAGUGUGCUAUUGGAGAAUGUUACACAAGUGUACUUACUGUGGAUGUGAUUUAUUUCAGUAUGACUCAGGAUACGUCACAUAGGCAUGUGGAUCUUUCUAUGAGGCAAACGUUGGUCUCAUGUAUUAUUUGCCUUCAAAACGUGCUGAAUAAUAAUAAUUAAAAAAAACAGCUUGCUUUAUAGUGUUGUGCACUUGAAGAAUGAGUUUCCAAUAGUGUUUGUGUUUCAGACGUGUGUGAGAAAGUUUCAGUAGUAAGUGAGUGAAUAAUUUUUCAGUCGUGUGGAUGAGAUAAUCCGGAAUUAUGUUCCUGAUUGCCCCUCCUCAUAUUGUAAAUCUAACACAGCAGUAAAGGCAUGAUUACUGCAAAUAUCUAUCUGAAAACACCUCUAGACCAUAAAUAUCAAACAAUACAUUUUAAAACAUUAACUAAUAAAGUAUGUAAUUAAGUAGUAAUAGGUAUUAGGAACCGCUGUAGUUUGUAACAAAAUGCAGUGUACGAAAAUGUCCAAACUAUGGCGACAUUGAGACACUGCCUCACUUUUUGGCCUCAUUGAAACAUAAUUCACCCCCCCCCCCCCGAAAUUCACCCCAAAACUGAAAAAAAACAAAAACAAACAAACAAAAACUGUUGUUCAUUAAACUCGAACUAGUUUGGUAUCGAAAUGCUCUUUUUAAAGCAUGUGCCAAGCGCAAGUGUUAUAACAAGUUGUGCACACAUUUACAUGCAUGAAGUCAGAAUAGUGAUAUUCCUGUGUGACUGCACACUACGUCCUCUGCUUUAUGAUUUAAACAUUUUCUCGCCACAAAAGACAUGAAAGGAGGGCGAGAAAAGGGAGCACCAGAAAGAUCACAGGCAAACCACAGCUGAAAGUUUAAAAUGAAAAGCAACUUUACGCCCAAUUUGCUGCGGCGAACUUUCUGAAGAAGAGGAUGGGGAGGGGGGGGGGGGAAGCGUAUGAAUGUAUGCGUCAGGGCUGGAGGGCGAGGUUGGUGGAGGGGAUGCUCUUCUUGUGCCAGUUUGUUCCUUUUUCAUGUGUCUCAUUAGAAGCUACAAGGAGAACGAGGAGCCCAAGGACAAACUGUAUAGGAUGGCGUGGAGUGUAAAGCCUAAAGAUUGUUCUUUAGUUGAUUAAACUAUCCAAUGUUUAGGUCAGUAAGCUAAGCAAUUAUUUAUUUGAUUGAAAAUAAACAUGAGCCAAUACCUCAGCAAAUACUGUA